AUGGGGCAUCGUGAGGCCUUGAAACUAAGGUUAUUCCCAAGUACACUCACGGGGGCAGCUUUCUCAGGGUAUGUCAAACUUUCACAAAACUCUGUCCCACAUGGGCAAGUCAUGGAGCAAAUCUUCCACGACCAAUUCUAUCGGCCGAAGCAGGAAGUCUCAAUGGCCAACUUGGUGAAGAUAAGUCAAAAGCCAAAUGAGUAG